GUCAACAUGGCGACGAUGGCAGACGAAGUGUUAUUUGAGUUUCUUCACAUGGAACUUGUGUCUCACAUAUACAGGACAGCCUCAAAAGAUGAAAAGGAUCACUGCAUUUCUAAACUGGAGUCACUUGGUUUUCGAGUUGGACAAAGUCUCAUUGAAAGGUUUACUAAGGAGACUUCCAGAUUUAAGGAUGAGCUUGAUACGAUGAAGUUUAUGUGUAAAGAAUUCUGGAAUGCCAUAUAUAAGAAACAGGUGGACAAUCUUCGCACAAAUCAUCAGGGAGUGUACGUGCUACAGGAUAAUCGCUUUAAGUUCCUGACCCAGCUGUCUAAUGGUAAACAGUACAUGGAAGCAGCACCCAAAUACCUGGCUUUCCCCUGUGGUCUGAUCCGAGGAGCUCUGUCUAACCUAGGAAUCAACUGUAUAGUAGUUACUGCCGACGUCAGUGCCAUGCCAGCAUGUAAAUUCCAGAUACAGAUUCAAAGGGUCUGAUGUGAAAAACAUGACAGUGAGACAACAGAAAAGUUGAUUGAGCAGGACACUGUGAAGGACUGAUAUAGUUGUGAAGGUGACUGGUGAAGUCACUGUCUGCAGAUCUCUACCAGAUCAACUCGCGAAGAGCUUCAUUAUUACCGGGCAUGGGCUCUGGUAGCAGGAAGUGUCAUUUCUGAUCAUAUUUCCAGUUUUUGAUGAACUCAGAUUGAUCCAUAUCAGAUAUUUGUGAGGCUGGUCUCAUUUCUCUGAUAUUGGUUUCUGUUCCAUUCUUGAUAUUUGGUUCUUAGUGAAUAUGUUCGCAGAUCUGUUUCAUGUGAGAUGUGCCAGCAGUAAGGAGUGAGUGAGUGAGUUUAGUUUUAUGCCGCACUCAGCAAUAUCCCAGCUAUAUGGCGGCGGUCUGUAAAUAAUCAAGUCUGGACCAGACAAUCCA